AUGCUGUCAUCGGCAUAUUUGCGCCUUAAAUUGCACAAAAGUAGAAAGUGUAUUCUUGCUGUGCUUCUCUUGCUAUUAGCAUUCAUCUUGACUAAUGGAUCGUUUGAAAACAGCCAUUGUUCAUGUGAGAUAAGUGAAGAACCCAGUGCAUUAUCGCCAAAUAAUGUGAAGUCAGAGCAACAUUCUGAAAGUGUGUGGAAAGACUCGAAAACACAGCCAAGAGUACAGAAUGUUGUUCGAAAACGAAGACGGGUUAGUGAACUGUAUGUAAGGCCAAAUGUGCCUGCACGAGCGGAAGUACUUAAUGAUGGAUCACCUGUUCAUGUGUAUCAGCCGGAAAAAAGUAAUACAGCCAAAGAAUCAACGAUUCUCAAAAUGAAUCAGCCCAGCAAUCCAACGGAAAUGCAGCAGCCAAACGUAGGACUAUUCCAAGAUGGCUCAUAUGCACGAGUUUCGCAAAGGCAAAGUAACCGUCCAUUCGAAUGGCAACAACUGAGUCAAAGAAUAUUGCCCUAUAGAUUAGAAGGCAAGGGACGAACUGGAGCAAACCUCGAUAGUUCCCUCUUUCCGCAGCAUAGUGAUGGUACAGGGAUAUACAACACGCACAUUAGCGGGAAUCCGGCAGAUGGAGGGAACCCAUAUAUUCAUCCGACCAAUAAGCCUACGGAAAACUGUUACUGUCCCUAUCCACUGAGGGCAAAGAAUAAACUCUGUUAUCAUAUGGUAACGUGCUUUCCAAGAACAACUUCAACGAUGUCUACUACAAGUUCAACAACUGACAGUACAACGACUGACAGUACAACUACCGAUAGUACAACGACUGACAGCACAACGACUGACAGUACAACAACUGACAGUACAACAACUGACAGCACAACGACUGACAGUACAACUACUGACAGUACAACGACAACAACUGACACUACAACUACUAACACUACAACUACUGAAACUACGACCACAACUACAACGACUCCUACAACGACCACUACUACCACGACAACUACUCCUACUACAACCACAACGACAACUACUCCUACUACUACUACAACGAGACCUACUACGACUUCUACCACAGAAAGAACGAGACCUACUAUGCCUACUACUACAGAAAGAACGAGACCUACUAUGCCUACUACUACAGAAAGAACGAGACCUGCUCCUCCCACCACUCCAACGACUACAACGACUCGCCGGCCUAGAGUUCCAGAUAGAAGAUAA